AUGAUGUCAGGGAUGACUCGUUCCUGCCGACAGUCGGCCCACUUCAACCAGUUCAAGUUCUUCAACAUCGAGACGGACUCCAAAAGUGGCAUCACCAAAAUGGCCCUCUCUCAAUCUGCAGUGACCGUCUUUGGCCACCUUAGUAUUUCUGCCAUUACAAAGGGAUUUACCAAGUAUGUAUACAAAGUCUGUGGACUCGCGCAAGGUCCUCUGGUGGCAAAACAGUUCUAUAACAUUGGUGGUAAUUGUCUCAGCUCUAGCGAGAAUAACUUUGCCAAUCUGCAGCUUGAGGUGCAGUGUGUCCAGCAGCUUGGUUACUUUCUCAAGAAGUUCUACAAGUAUACUUGUCUGACCGCUCUCAUGUAA